GACGGUGAAUAAAGAAAAGCGCGUGGGCGUGGACAAGGGCACUUCAGCAUUAACGAGGCAGAAGUGAAGAACAGCAUCUCUUGUUGUUCGCCUGUGGAAGCAGCACUUUAUCAAACAGUGUUACUUAACCUGAGCGCAAGAAUAAAGCAGCUCGCUCUGCUCCUGAAAUAAAAAUACCUCUGAUUAGUGUUAUGGAAAGAGAACACGGAGCCGAACAGUUCUCAUCCGGUUUGUUACCUACAGCCAAAACUGUCAAUCAGGAUGGAAUUAAAGUUCCUAAGCUCUCACCACAGCAGGAGAGGAAAAGAGCUCUGACUGUGUGGAGUAAGGUGUGUUUUGCAAUCGGAGGGGCUCCGUAUCAGAUCACAGGCAGUGCCCUGGGCUUCUUUCUACAAAUCUUCUUGCUUGAUGUGGCACUGUUGGAUCCCCUCAACGCUUCUGUGAUCCUGUUUGUGGGUCGGGCCUGGGAUGCUGUGACUGAUCCUACAGUUGGGUUUUUAGUAAGCAGAACCCCAUGGACACGGCACGGACGCAUGAUGCCCUGGAUUCUGAUCUCCACCACACCAGCUGUGUUGUGUUAUUUCCUGAUAUGGGUAGUUCCACCUAUAGAGCAGGGAAAGAUGUGGUGGUAUCUGCUCUUCUACUGUCUCUUCCAAACUCUCCAGACAUGCUUUCAUGUGCCUUACUCUGCUCUGACCAUGUUCAUCAGCACUGAGCAGAAGGAACGAGAUUCAGCCACAGCGUACCGUAAGAACAUUUACACACAUUAUAAUAGGCGUGCAUAUAUGAUUGCAUCUGCAGUCAUAAGUUUGAUCUGUGUUUUGUGUGCUGUUGUGCUGUUUUUUGGAGUGACAGAGCAGGACAAUCAGAGUGGUUUAAAAGCACAGAAGCAUGUGUCAUUUCGGAGGGGUUUGCGGCUAGUGAUGAGUCAUGGGCCGUAUGUGAAACUGGUGCUGGCCUUCCUCUUCACUUCUCUGGCCUUCAUGCUGAUGGAGGGAAAUUUUGCUUUGUUCAUCAAGUACACACUGGGAUUCAGAGAGGAUUUUCAGAACAUCUUACUGGUCAUCAUGCUGUCUGCCACUCUUACUAUUCCCAUGUGGCAGUGGUUCCUCUGUCGGUUUGGGAAAAAGACUGCUGUAUACAUUGGCAUAACAUGGGCGGUGCCCUUCAUGAUCGUGGUGGUGUGUGUAAACAGUAAUCUCUUUGUGUCCUACAUCGUAUCAGUUGCAGCUGGUGCCAGUGUGGCAGCGGCCUUCCUCCUGCCCUGGUCCAUGCUUCCAGAUGUGGUAGACGAUUUUAAAGUCCAGAAUCCCACCUCUCAAGGACAUGAAGCUAUUUUCUACUCUUUUUAUGUUUUUUUCACCAAAUUCGCCUCUGGAGUGUCACUUGGAGUAUCAACACUAGCAUUAAGCUUUGCAGGUUAUGUGCCAGGAGUUUGUGUUCAGUCUGAUUCUGUGAAUCUGACAUUGAAGAUGUUGGUGUCAGCUGCUCCUGUAUCACUUAUAGCUCUGGGGCUGCUCGUCUUUAAAACGUAUCCCAUCAAUGAAGAACGCAGGCAGUACAACAACAAACAGCUGCAGCUGCUGCUGCUGCAGAACGAAGAACUAGAGUCUGAGAUGUAGGCCUUGAAGCUCGACAACACAGCAUGAAAUACCAGCUCUGGCCUACAGAGGGCUCCAAAAAUGCAUCUUAACCGCUGCAAUGAGGAAAUCUAUCAGCUGAUCUUUCAGAGACAGAACUUUCCUCACUCAGAUGGUUAAAUGGACAAAUGAAGGAUGUUGAACCUUU